AUCCAAUAGACUCGUUACUCGCGCUCAAACUAUGGCGGCCAUGUUGUAUCCGCGCCCGCAGGGGACUGGAGGCUGUUCGGAACCGAGUCUGUCUUCAGUCGGGAGUAUAUGGUGGGGCUCUCGGGCUUGAAAUCGCCUUGGUUUUACACCGUUACAGAUCUACACUCCUCACCAUGAGCCGGCCGUCCUCUGCGGGUGGUGCGGCCGGAGGACUCGGAGCUGGCAAAGCAGGAGGAAGUAAGCAUGGAGGUUCUGGAGGAACAACCGCCUCUGCCGCUGCCGCCGCCGCCGCAGCAGCCGCAGGGGUAUCCGGCUCUGUCGCGGGCUCUUGUACAGUCCCCGCGGCCGCUGUAGCCCUCCCAGCCGCUGUCCUACCGGGACAGUCAGCCGAACUGACAGCGUUGUUUGAGUGCCCGGUGUGUUUCGACUAUGUGCUGCCCCCGAUCUUGCAGUGCCAGGCUGGGCAUCUGGUGUGUAACCAGUGUCGGCAAAAGCUCAGCUGUUGUCCAACUUGUCGCGGCCCUCUCACGCCGAGCAUAAGGAACUUGGCAAUGGAAAAAGUUGCAUCUACUCUGCCGUUUCCGUGUAAGUAUGCCUCAGCUGGAUGUCUGCUGUCCCUUCACCACAGUGAGAAGCCAGAGCACGAAGAAGUCUGUGAGUUCCGCCCCUACACCUGCCCAUGCCCAGGGGCUUCCUGUAAAUGGCACGGCUCCCUGGAGGCUGUCAUGCCGCAUCUCAUGCAUGCCCACAAAUCCAUUACCACCUUACAGGGCGAGGACAUUGUCUUUCUUGCCACAGAUAUUAAUCUACCGGGGGCUGUGGACUGGGUCAUGAUGCAGUCAUGUUUCGGCCACCACUUCAUGUUGGUUCUAGAGAAGCAGGAGAAAUACGAGGGACACCAGCAGUUCUUUGCCAUCGUGCUUCUCAUUGGCACGCGAAAGCAAGCGGAGAACUUUGCCUACCGCCUCGAGUUGAACGGCAACCGUAGGCGACUCACGUGGGAGGCCACGCCGCGCUCAAUCCACGAUGGCGUAGCAGCAGCCAUCAUGAACAGUGACUGUCUUGUGUUUGAUACCUCUGUUGCCCACCUGUUUGCAGACAAUGGAAACCUGGGUAUCAACGUGACCAUCUCCAUGUGCUGAGGUGGCAGCGUAAGGCUUUAUCCAGUGACCCAAACCUUGGACAACCUCUGCUCCCUAUCAGACUGCAGGGGAGAUGUAUACAUUUGUGUAUAUUUCUGUUCAAGAGUCAUCCGUUAAAACAGCGCACACUUUCCAGAUUCACAAGUAGGUUAGUUUGCUAGGUUAGGAUGACAAGAGUCCUUCUCGAGAUGCUGCGGGGCAUUGGUGCAAUUGAGAAUUUCUUUUGCACAUCCCAAGGAUACAAACACCUCAACUUUCUGAAUACACCUUCAGCAGAAGUUCAGGUGUGGAUGAACACCAUCACAGUAUCAAAAUGCUAACUUGGGAAGAGUCUAGGCAUGAAGGUGUAACAUUUUCCUCAGAAGCUUAUAAAACCUAUGUUGUACAAAACUGCACUGACUACUUUGGUUUUCGUCUUUGGAUAUUGAGUGAAACCAUGGAAAUUGUACAUGGCAAUGUAAAUGGUAAUCCUCUGAAUUUCAUGGUUGUAUAUUGGCUUGAUAAAACAAUGCCCAUGGUGGAAAAUACAGUGUGCAUGGUGGAAAUAAAAUUCACUUGCAAAAUGAGUACAUAGCCACCAUGUUUUUAAGGCAAGAAACUGACCUCUUCAAUAUGUUUUUUUUUUCCUUUCUUCCUUUCUUUUUUUCAAUACCAUAUUGUCAGUGUUGCAAGACGUAAUGAGGACGAUACUUAAUUUUAUGGUCCUUAUCCAGAGGAGAGAACUGGUUUGUGAUCAACACAGAUAUAAUCUCCAUAAAAUGACAGAACUACAGCCAGCCAUUUCAAAUAUUGUUACCCAUGAUCUAAUGCCACACAUUUUCAUAGAUAUAUUUGUAUAUGAUACUUUUUUUUUUUAAAGGGAUAGUUGGCCUAUAAAUGAUAAAUCUGUUAUUUAAUUGCCCUCAUUUUCUAAUACUUACAUGUGGACCACCAAAGGAGAAGUAAAGUAGAAUAUCUCAGCUGUUCUCUUGGAGAGGACAAAAAGCACCAUAAAUGCAGACCAUACAACCUGUGCUCUAUAUUUCAAGUCUUCAGAAGCCAUAUGAUAGCUUUGUUAGAGGCAGAGACUAAAAUGUAAGGCUUUUUACUGAAAAUAUCUAAUUGUAUGAAAAAGAGCUGCUCACACAUUUUGCUUGAUGACUUCUAUACAUGUUUCAAUAACACACGGUGAGGAAAUGACUAAAUUCUCAUUUGUUAAUGAACUAUUUCUUUUAUAUAGUGGUCCACCUUUGCUUUUUAGCGUACUUUGUCUUGUCAACAGUGACUGUAUGUAAAAGAUUUAGCCUGUGCACAAACAACAACCUGUUAUUUGCUUGUUGAUAAAAGUGUCCACAUUUAAUUGGUUUUGUUGUCUUUGUACUUUUUCUUACUUUAUUUUUGAGGUUAUGUUUAAGGUAUCUUAAAAGAAAAGCUUUUGUAAAAAAUAUAAACAACUUUAGUUUUGUUGGUAUUUGUUGUUACUGUUACGUCUCUUACGAUCGUGAUCGAUCUUAAUGAUCGUUUAGUCUAGCUUUGUUUACUCUAGUUCUUUAAAACCCAGUAAGAUCUGAGCAAUUUCUCACUCUCCUCUUUGGUCAAUGAACCCACACAAUGCCUUACUUGUAUACAAACUCAGUCUUUUAGAGUCUGCCGCCUUCUAGGAGUUCAGGUCACUAUCCUCCAAACCUCCAGUGUCUUGAAAGAGACUUAAAUUUUUGAGUGGGAAGGACAUGGCACGUCAUUUUACUUUGUCCCCAAAACCUGCUGCAGUACCAGUUUCACUUACACCGUUCAAGUACGGAUCCCAGCCUCUUUUCAAAUACCUCUGAUGACUUUGGAGAUGUCUGUGUGAGAAGAGCAUUGAUAUCCCUGAAUGUGGUUGGUUCUGUCGAGAUCUCAAGUUUGAUGCUUAACUGAUGCUCUCAGCUCUUCUUUAUCUGUCUGCUGUUUUACACCUGAAAAAUUAUUUAAAAAUGUAAAUUAAAUGUUUUAUAAAUCUG